AUGGCCGGUCAAUCGAAACAAGUCCGCCUCUCCCCUUGGGGUAGUGCUGUCGCCGGUGCCACCGGUGCAGUCCUCGCAAAUGCCAUGGUCUAUCCUCUUGACUUGGUCAAGACGAAACUGCAGGUUCAGGUAAAGAAGGCCGCAUCGGAGGGCGACGAUUCAGAUGCCGAUCACUACAAGUCAACUUGGGAUUGUAUUGCCAAGAUCGUCGAGAAAGAAGGUGUGGAGGGUCUAUACUCGGGAAUGGUGGGAUCCUUGCUGGGCGUCGCUUCCACCAAUUUCGCCUACUUCUACUGGUACUCGGUGGUGAGAACCCUCUAUAUGUCCUCCAAGUCGGUACCGAAGCCUCCUGGUACGGCUAUCGAACUGUCUCUCGGUGCGGUGGCCGGUGCUGUCGCCCAGAUCUUCACCAUUCCCGUCGCCGUCAUCACGACAAGACAGCAAACCCAGCCCAAGGGCGAGAAGAAGGGCUUGAUCGACACCGGCCGUGAGGUUGUUGAGAGUGAGGAUGGCUGGACUGGUCUGUGGAGAGGUCUCAAGGCCAGUCUGAUUCUCGUCGUCAACCCAGCCAUCACCUACGGUGCCUACCAGCGCCUGAAGGAUAUUCUUUUUGCUGGAAAGAACAACCUCAAGCCCUGGGAGGCUUUCCUCCUCGGUGCGCUCUCCAAGGCCAUGGCCACAAUUGCCACUCAACCUCUGAUCGUGGCCAAGGUUGGCCUCCAGUCUCGCCCGCCCCCAGGCCGCGAGGGCAAGCCAUUCAAGACCUUUGGUGAGGUCAUGCGUUAUAUAGUUCAGAACGAGGGAAUGCUCUCCUUGUUCAAGGGUAUUGGACCCCAGAUCCUGAAGGGUCUUUUGGUGCAGGGUCUUUUGAUGAUGACGAAGGAGAGAAUGGAACUCAUCUUCAUUGUUCUCUUCGCCUACCUGCGCAAACUCAAGGACGAGAAGCUGAAGAAGGCGGUCAACACCGCCGCCUCCUCGGCGAAGACCAGCCUCCCGGCGACUCUGAAAUAG